GCGGAGUGAGCUCUUCUCAGUGUGUUCUGCCGGAGCCCAAGUACAGAGACCAUAUUUGCAGGUCCAUGUGACAGCUAUGAGUGGAAUUUUAAAGGGGACGUUUGAAGAAGCUGACAGCGCCUCACUGUGCUCUUCUGUGCAGGAAUCAGAUGAUGACGUUUUCAGCUGGGACAGUGCUGAGAGUCUUGAUAGUGUCAAUCUGUGCGCACCUGAUCAUUUACGGGAAAAAAAUAAGAGGAUAUCAACAGACUGAAAAAAUACUUUCGGAAGCAUAGACUCUUGGGAGGAUACUGCAGUUCAUGAGAUCUCAAGGUACACGCAGCAACACGCAGCAAUGAGUGGGAUUCUAAAGAGGAAGUUUGAAGACGUUGACGCCUCCUCUCCCUGCUCCUCGGCUCGCGAGUCUGACGACGAAGUCUCCAGCAGCGAGAGUGCUGACAGCGGGGACAGUGUCAACCCGUCCACCUCCAACCACUUCACCCCUUCCUCCAUCCUCAAGAGAGAGAAAAGGCUGAGGACAAAGAAUGUGCACUUCAGUUGUGUCACCGUGUACUACUUCACCAGGAGGCAGGGCUUCACCAGUGUGCCCAGCCAGGGGGGCAGCACCCUGGGGAUGUCCAGCCGUCACAACAGCGUACGCCAGUACAGCCUGGGCGAGUUCGCAAGAGAGCAGGAACGGCUGCACCGAGAGAUGCUGAGAGAACACCUCAGGGAGGAGAAGCUCAACUCUCUAAAACUAAAGAUGACAAAGAAUGGCACGGUAGAAUCUGAAGAAGCCAGCACUCUGACCGUGGAUGACAUUUCCGAUGAUGACAUUGAUUUAGACAACACAGAGGUAGACGAAUACUUCUUCCUGCAGCCCCUGCCCACGAAAAAACGGAGAGCCCUGCUGCGAGCCUCCGGAGUGAAGAAGAUUGACGUGGAAGAAAAGCACGAGCUGCGAGCCAUCCGCCUGUCUCGGGAGGACUGCGGCUGUGACUGCAGAGUGUUCUGUGAUCCAGAAACAUGUACCUGCAGCCUGGCAGGCAUCAAGUGUCAGGUGGAUCGUAUGUCUUUCCCAUGUGGCUGCACUAAAGAAGGCUGUAGUAACACAGCAGGUAGAAUUGAAUUUAAUCCUAUCCGUGUCCGGACUCAUUUCUUGCACACAAUAAUGAAACUUGAACUGGAGAAAAACCGGGAGCAGCAAAUCCCCACGCUCAACGGCUGCCACGGUGAGAUAAGCACCCACAGCGCUUCCAUGGGCCCUGUCGCUCACUCCGUAGAAUACUCCAUCGCAGACAAUUUUGAGAUUGAAACUGAACCCCAGGCUGCGGUGCUGCACCUGCAGGACGAACUGGACUGCCAAGGAGAGGAGGAGGAAGAGGAGGAGGACGGAAGCAGCUUCUGCAGCGGAGUCACUGACUCCAGCACACAAAGCCUGGCUCCCAGCGAAUCGGAUGAGGAAGAAGAGGAAGAGGAGGAGGAAGAGGAAGAGGAGGAGGAAGACGACGAGGACGAGAAGGGAGACAGCUUUGUAGAAGGGCUCGGGGGCCACACUGAAGUCGUCCCGCUUCCUUCUGUCCUUUGUUACUCCGACGGCACAGCGGUCCAUGAAGGCCACACAAAAAAUGCUUCGUUUUACGCUAGCUCUUCAACUCUGUACUACCAAAUAGACAGCCACAUCCCUGGAACUCCUAGCCAGAUCUCUGACAACUACGCUGAAAGAGAUACUGUCAAAAACGGUGCCCUCUCGCUGGUGCCUUACGCCAUGACCCCAGAGCGGUUCGUUGACUAUGCCAGACAAGCAGGCGAGGCCUACGGGGCCUCCCACUACCCAGCUGCCAACCCUUCCGUCAUUGUUUGCUGCCCCACUUCUGAAAACGAGAGUGGGGUGCCCUGUAACACCUUAUAUCCUGAACACAGGUCCAAUCUUCCCCAAGUGGAAUUUCACUCAUACUUGAAAGGCCCUUCCCAGGAAGGCUUUGUCUCCACCUUGAAGGGCGAUGGCCACAUUCCAGAGCACCCUGCAGAAAAUCCCUUGAGCCUCGCAGAAAAGAGCAUCAAGUCCCCGGUGGUGGAGACGGUUCCCGUUUAGUCGCUUAAGUCUUCUACUUAAGGCGCCAUAUUGCAUUUGCUGGGCUCAUCCUUGUCUGACCUGGAAGACCAAGAAAAUAUGGACCGCGAUCAAUCUCCCAGACAGUAUUUCCUCCCUCCCUCCCUCCCUUCCUUCCUUUCUAGCUUCCUAACUGUGGCGUGGCACAAAUAACAGUCGCCCUGGGGAUUUUAAACGAUUUUGAACUGUUUUGAUAGAAAAUGAAAAUGCUAAAUUUAAAAGAAAAAAAAAUGCAUUAUCUCACAGUUGCCUACCUUGUCAAACUGUGUGAAACCUGCCAAGCUAUGCAGAUCAUAGCUCCGAGUUUUAGAUUAUCGGGCCUGUGCAAGAUUGUUAAGACUAAGACUAAAAACAAAAACAAAAAAAAACAAAAACAAAAAAAAAUUCCGAUUUAGAGUCCUAAUUUUCGAUAUAUCCGGAGAUGAUGGUGACUUUUUAAUGUAAAAGUAAUUAUUGUAAGAAAAACAGAUUGAAUCGUUUCCUGUGUAUUUUAUUUAUGGUAGUUUAGAAAUCAUGCUUUGAUGAAAAUGAACAGCAUGUUCAUUGAAGCUGAAGAUGUGUUAGCUAGCACCACAGAGCAUGCCCACAAGGAUUGCAUCUGGAAUCCACCCACAUUUUUACUAUUAUGACUGAGCAGAUUUGCAAAUAAUUUCUUAAGGAUGAAAUGGGCUUAUUUUUGCUAUUUGGGAUAAAUGAGUCAAAUGUGCAGGUCCUUAUGCCGUUUUCUCUAAAGUUAAGAGUUAGGACAAUCCUCUGGUGAGGGUCUCAUACACUGCCCGCCCUCAGCCAAAAUAGAUGGAAUUGCCUUUCUUUUUAAAACAGUGUCAUCUUGUUUAUCAGCUUGGACAGCACCUUUAAACUCUACCCCCUCCACCACAAUGCACUUUAGUGCCCCUUCGUGGUACCAAAUGUGGGAUGGGGUCUCAGAGAGCGUUAAAAUAAUUUUUUUUAUUAUAAUAAAUGCUAACCACUGUAAGGUUCAUACGGUAGAGAUGGAGGAUUCCUCCAGUGACAUGAGGGUGUGUUCUUUCACUGCUCUGAGGACCUAACUCAGUCCUGACACAGAGAAAGCUGAGAAUACAGCCUCAGCAACCAGUCUGUUCUACAUCCGGGAUCAACCAAUCUCUACAAAAGCGGAAACGUGUAGUGGUAUUUCCACUUAGUGACCAGCUGAUUGAAGGCAGGCCUGUACUUGUGUACUUAUUAGGCCUUACUUUCCUGAAGCAUUUUUAUCUAUUUGUCUUGCCUGGGACACUUCAUGGCACAGUUCAGAAUGCAUUGCCAAGGCAGCCCCCUCAUGUUCUCUUACUUAAUGAGGAACGUGGAUAGAAAGGAAACAUGCACCAUUGAUUCCUGAGGGAACUUUGAGCAGCCUUUCCUAUAAGCUUAAGCAUCUGUAGAGCAAGUGCUGUGAUUUCCCCCAGUGCAAUGGUUAGGCUGAAUCCUUUUUCCAGUUUUGACAUUUUAUUGUUCCAUCAUUUCAUAUGUUUUAUAACUAUUUAAAAUGUCGAUACACGCUGCUAUGUAGUAACUGCACCCUCAUUUUUUUAAAGUCUCCUAAUCUUGGGC